CUGUCAUCCAUUAUUGUCUCUGAACAGUUCGUCUAGUUGACGGCAAAAACAGCCUUCAGGGUCGGGUGGAGGUGUUCUUCGACGGUGCCUGGGGUACGGUCUGCAGCCAUCACUGGGACAUCAAUGACGCUCAUGUGGUCUGCAGGAGUCUCGGCCACACAUACGCCCUGAGCGCGUCGUCGUACGCGGAGUUUGGGCAGGGAACGGGCGACAUCGUCUUGGAUGGUCUCCAAUGCACCGGUGGCGAAACGAAUAUCUACGUCUGCGAAAACGACGACACGAAUUUCUUCAAAUGUUUUCAUCGAAUGGAUGCGGGAGUCACGUGUUCACCCGACGAUUACGCGGUCUUUCUCGUCAACGGGAGCACCUAUCUGGAAGGCCGUGUGAAGGUGGCUUAUCAGGGUUACCUGGGAACUCUCUGCGAUACUUCCUGGGACCUGAAUAACGCCAAUGUCAUCUGCAGAAGUCUCGGCUUCGGACACGCCGUCAGCGUACAUGGCGCGGACGACUUCGGCCAGGGUAUCGGCGAGAUCAUCCUCGACGACAUCCACUGCGUCGGCAACGAGAGCACUAUCUUUAAUUGCUCUCAUAGCGGGCUCGGAGUUAAUAACUGUAAUCAUUCGCAAGACGCCGGGGUUACUUGCUAUGGAGAGGAUGUCUGUAUCAGUGGACUAUGUGAGAGAAAGGAAACUCUUAACGUUAAAUUCUAA